CAACCAACCCGUCGCGUUUUGCGAGCCAUUCCACUUUCAGAAGUCACGCCGAAGAGGAGGAGGAGGAAGACCGAACGGCAUCAUCGACAUCACAGUCGUCAUCAUCAUCAUCACCCCCUUGUCACCAGCAGCAGCAGCGGCAAUAACCCAGUCAUCACCGCUCCAAGUUCUUUGAGUUGGUUCAGCAGCCGGCGUCUUUCGCGGCCACGUCACCAGUAGCAGCCACAGCAUCACCACCACCAUCAUCAGCAGCAGCAGCCGUCGCGCUCACCCAGAGGUGCCUCCUGGAAUAACGAACAAGAACACUCGAAAGAGCGGCCCCCAAACGAUCGCACACGCGCGCGAGCACCCACGUCCGCGUCGCUCGUCAAACAGACCGCGCAGAUGGGGAACUUCAAGGGUCACGCCCUCCCCGGGAGCUUCUUCAUCCUGUUCGCCGUGUGGUGGGCCAUCAAGUACCCGCUCAGGUACCGCUGGCGGCAGCGCAAGCUGGGCGGUGGCGGCGGUGGCGGCGGUGGCGGCCCCACGGGGCUCCCAUCAUCGUGCGUCGCCAGCGAGAACCGCCUCGACAUCAUCGAGGGCGCUGCCAAGACGGUCUUCUCGAUCGUCGGCAUGAUGGCGGAGCAGUUCGUGCCGGACGGGCCGCACAUGCGGCUGUACAACCGGCAGGAGGGCGGGUGGGACCACCUCAUGAACUGGCAGCACACCACCAUGUACCUGUUCUUCGCCAUCUCGGGGGUGGCCGACAUCGUGACGCACACGUGCCGCGGCAUGCCCCUCCGCGGCCUCGACCGCCUCAUGCUGGCGCUCGCCGUCUUCGUGGAAGGCUACCUCUUCUACUUCCACCUGCACGGACGCACCAUGCUGGACGUGCACGUGCACACGCUGCUGCUGCUGCCCGUGUUCGCCGGCUCGCUCACCAUCUUCCUCGAGGUCUUCCUCCGCGACAACGCCAUCCUGGAGCUGCUGCGCACCAGCUUCGCGCUGCUGCAGGGCACCUGGUUCUUCCAGAUCGGCUUCGUGCUGUACCCUCCGAACGGCGCGCCCGAGUGGGACCAGGCGGACAUGGGGAACAUGAUGUUCAUCACCAUGUGCUUCUGCUGGCACUUUGCGGGCGCCAUCCUGUACAUCUCCCUCAGCUACACGGCGGUCUUCUGUCUAGGGAAUUUCAGGAACCGUGGCGUUCCACACAUGGAGCUGGGAACGUUGCUUCCGCUCUCUAAGAACCACAACAAGGAGAAGGGGGCGCUCCUGGAGGACUCCGAAGAAGAAUAGACACCAACACACACACGGAGCACGCAACACACACACGGAACACACAUGGAACAAAGACACACACACGCCGAACUUGCAAUAGUCAUCUUUUUAAAAGUCUUCUCUCAUCACCUUCCCCCACCCAUACAAUCACGCCACUCAUGAAGCGCCAACUUACAACAGGUCCACACACUCACCCCUGACCACCUAUUGCUGUUGCAACAAGAUGGGAAAAAAAUAAUAGGCUUUACCCUUUCUGGCAAGAAUACCGGUGUUAAGAUGUUCUAACGCCAAAUAGACAUCGAUCACAAGGCAUCCAGGUCAUACUGGUGGCAAGAAAAUGGCCCCAUAGAAAAUUACCGCGACAAAUCGGAGCACCCCGUCCAAUCGAGCGGCCUCCAUCCCUUGCCCCCUUCUCGCGGCGUAGAGCACCACAGUCUCGAUGAGCCGCUACACCACUAGGCCUGUACAUUCACGAUUUGUAAAUAUGUAUAUUUUAUUCUUGGGGGAGGGGCGGUGGAGAAGAGUGUGGAGCCCUCGCUGGUGCGCGGGGAAUCUCCGUGGCCGCUCCGUCGGACGUGUUGGGGAGGGAGGCCGGGAAAACAAACCCGGACCCUGCGACGAGUUGAGAAUUCACGAGCGCCGGCGAGCGUCCAGGCGCGACCGAGGCCGAUUUUAGCCGCAGGGGCCAAUUCCGGAUUUCUUAUUUUUUUUUAAAGAGAUGGAGUGAUCGCCUCUGCUCUUCCGUAACAGUUGGGGCACAACGGACGUGCGACCCAGAGGGCGUCCCGUUCGAUGCGCACUCUCGGCAUGGCAGCUGAAACAACGGGCGGCCCGAACUCCUAGAGCGCACGUGUACGUCAUCGGAAUGGAAGCGGAAGAAAAAUUAAAGUAAUUUAUCGAUACCGAGGCUCCCACAAGGCCAUGCGUGAGGGCGUGCGGCACAGUUCCGCGCCAGCUAUCGUAGGGUGCGGUCGUGUCGCUACGGUUCUCUGCGGUGAUUACAGUAUCUUUACAAACAGUGGCGCUGCGCCCCUCCAGAUACAAUCACCAUCCGAGCCGCUUGCGCGUCCCGAGACUCCGAGGUGAACGGAACGGGAAAGGGUUAAGUAUUCUUAGGUUUUUUCGGUAAAGUCACGUAGGUAAAAAUUUUAAAUUAAUUAAAGUAAAAUUUGAUACAGCUAUCGUGCUGUGAAGGUUCCACCUGAAGACGGAAGCUUGUGUUGCCUCCGAAACGUCGUGAUUUUUAUUUUAUUGUUAUUUUACUUUUAUUAAUUUUAAUUUUUUACCUACGUGACUUUACCGAAAAAACCUAAGAAUAUGAAUCCUUGCAGUCACGAAAGCCUCAAAUCUAGAAGUAAAGGGUUAAGUGGCGUCGCCGCGGAGUUUUACGCGAGUGGCUUCCCCCCCCCACCCCGAGGCCCUUGGUCGCCGCUGGGUGGUCCAAUGGAGCAGGGCGAAGGGAACGCUCCCGGUCCUGUGCCUGCACCCCUGGUUCCGUCACGGUUGGAACCACACCUUCGUUUUACACCCAGUACACAACAUCCAGUAUCCCCCUCGCUGUGGGCUGUAGCAAUGGUAAUCAUGCGCCACCUAUGUUCAUUGAUCGGCAGACACGGAAUAUUUCAGUCCGCGCCCGGCAUACCACAUCCAGUAUCGCUGUGGAUGUGGCUACUUGGCACCUGCCACCUACUCCAGCCGGAUACGAUGCAGUGAGACAAUGCAUUGCUGUGGCAAUCAAAUACUGCCGAUGUGCCCUUGGGCUUCUGGGAAAUGUGUGUGUGUGCGUUUCCACAAAUUGCAAUUUACAAUCAAUUUGGGUAGAAAAUGAAGAGACAUGUUCACGCGAGAUUAGUGCGAAUGCAAUUUCACAAGAUCGUUAAAUUAAUCUUGCAACUAAUAGAAUUUUUUUUUAUUAUGUAAAAAUAAAUGUAUUUUGUCUUUCGCUAGUUAAAAUAACUCGUGCACAAGCCCCAAUUUUUUUUUGUUGCAAUUACGCCUGGAUGUAUCACCAUCACCUCACGACCAUAGGAAUGUGUAAUUUCCACCACGGUCUCAGAGCUAUGAACCGGGCAUUAACUCUGCCUCAAUGCUCGUUUGAGCAGGAAGCCACUUUGAUCUUUGGUACAGCCAUCGUUCGAGUCUGGCACAGCGCUGGCUUGCCAAUUUGUCCCUUCCUAUUACCGUGUGCGAGUGUGCGCUCCGGUAAUUAUUAGUCUUAAAUGUGUAUACAGAAUCUACAUCGGCUGAAGCCUCAUGUAACUCACGUGACUUCUGUUUGGCCACCCCCACUCUGAAUCUCUCGCCUCACCCCGCCCACUGUGAAAACAGACGCCGCUCCGUGCAGCGUCAAUGUCGCCUCUUCUUCCUCGUCUUCGUAUCCUCUGACCCCGUGACCCCGUUUCUCCGUCGCCUUUCCUCUCGUUUCUCAUUCCUUAUCUUAUCUCUUAAUCUUUCUCUUACCUCUCCCCUUUCCCGUUCUUCAAUGUUGUUUACACCGAUGCAUUGUACAUCCUUGACUCGACGCCCUUCCCGUGGUGCUUGUGCCACGGGCGAUAAGGUUUCAUGAAGUUAAAACAAUUGUCCGCGAAAAUGGAUUGGACGGUUACAAAAUGGCAAGUACACGUUGCAGCCACUCUUAUCAAUCCACUGCUGGAUGAUGGUCGUGGGGGGCGGGGGGGGAACUUGACCAUGUUUCACCAAGCCGGUCGGCGCGGGGUACUUUCUGUGCCCCCCCGCGUCUACCUUCCGCGCCACCAACCCACGUGGACCACAGUGGCGAAGUAUGGUCAAAUAACCCCCACGGCUCGCACGGGGUGGCACAUACCCCUAUCCAGCUAGUGGAUUGACAGAGCGCUCCUCUCUCCAGUACACACGCACCUGAAUGGGGACCGCACCUCGUGCGUUUCAUGUGUGCGAGCCGUUUGAAUCCGCGUAAUUGGAAACUCAGCGUGUUGCCGAUUCACAUUUUUGAAAACAGUUUUUUUUCUCCUUUUUCACGCUGAAAGUGUCUCCGUGUGUCCGUGCGCGAGCGGUGGCGCAGCGGUGAGCGCGCUGCUGCGCUACGAACCCCGUGAGCCCGAGUUCAAGCGUCGCUCGCGGAAAAACAGCGGUGACGAUUAAUUAUCUGAACCGGUCUUUGGCUUCUCCUAGGUCGACUCAGCCUCAAAUGAGUACCCGGUGAUGAUGUGUGUGUGUCAACAUCAGCACUGGGGAAACAAAGGCGGUGGGGAGUGGUACUGGCCGACCACCGCCUUUGUGCCGUGCCGGCCUUCAUAGGUGCUCGCUAACAGCACUUGCCCCAGCAGUCUGUGAUGUCUAUACGGGGAACCUUUGUCUUCGCGUGUGCCCAUGGGGAGCGGUGGCGCAGUGGUUAAUUCAUUGCCCUGUGAAUCCAGCCGACGUCGGUUCGAUUCCCGCUCACGGCCAACUUCGGUGGGCGAUAAUUCUAAAACGGUCCUGGGCCACCCCUAGGUCGACUCAGCCUGAAAAUGAGUGUCCACGGUGCGGCGUGCAAACAUGACAGCUGGGGGAGACGAAGGCGGCCGGGAGCGGUAACUCGGCCACACCACCGCGUCAUUGUGUGCCGUGCCGGUCUUCAAAGGUUCUCGCCAAGAGCACUUUGCCCCAAUAGUCUGUUGAGGUUCAUCUUCUUGGUUCUUUCGGUAAAGUCACGUAGAAGGGAAGUAAUAAAAUAAUAAAAAUAAAACAUAAUAAAAUUAAAUAAUUCUCACGACGUUUCGGCUACAACGCAAGCAGCCGUCUUCAGGUGAAGAAUGAGACACUACCAAGCUAGGAGCUUAUAUAUAAGCUGCGUUGGAGGUGGAAGAGCGCCUGUUGAGGCUAUACGGGGCAUCUUUUUUUGUUUUAUAUGUACGAGUGGUCGUGUGCUUUUUAGAACACCAAUUGUGUCUCUUCACCCCACCGUUUGUGAUUUUAAUUAAUUAUUCCAUGCACACCCCUGACAAAUGCUGCAAUAAUAAAAUAUAUAUAUUA